AUGCAUGCGGAGCAGAACUACACCUCCUUUGUCGGCUGCACAGAGCUUCGGGAGCGUGGGUUUACAGUGUUUUGCGCCAACAACGAAGCCAGCAAAUCCGGUUAUAUGUCAGACAUAGAUUUUGAGGAUAUGAUGCUCCAAGCCAACACGGGCUUGGCCUGGUUGCGCAACCAGACUGAUAUCGACAAGGUGGUUAUUCUCGGCCACAGCGGUGGCGGUGCAAUAAUGGCCCAAUAUCAGAACGUCGCAGAGAAUGGCGUGUCCGCGUGCAAUGGCCCAGAGAAGAUCUCUCCUUGUUCCAAUGCUCUGGCUGGCCUUGAGCCUGCUGACGGCCUAAUGCUGCUGGAUGCCAACUACGGUAUCUCCACCAUGGGCCCGCUGAGUCUGAACCCGGCUAUCGAAUAUGAAAUAAGGCCGCACGGGAUGUUUGGUGAUGACGAGCCCCUCACCAUCCCUGCGGCUCUUUAUCUUGCUACCAAAAACCUCUAUAUUUCUCAAGAUGUUCGAACUCUGCAUCACACUACCUAUCCUUGGACUUUGCUUGAAAAGAACGGUACGACCGAGCAGAUUGUUCAAUCGGCUGCUCUCAAAACCACCGUCCGGCGGUACCUCUCCACCCUGGCCAUCCGAGCCAACGAGAACUUCGACAUUUUGGCAGAUAACUUCGAGGACAUAGAGUAUGUUUCCACCCAGAUGGCACCUGCGGCAUCGAUCAAGGGUGUCAGCGUCCCGCUCUUGACCGUGGGAAUGACCGGACACUACGAGUACUUGAACGCUGAAAAGAUCCACCUCAAUGCUGUAAGGAGCAACGAUACCUCGAUCGCGUUUGUUCAAGGCGCUCAGCAUGGCAUUUACCCCUGCACCGAGUGUGAGUCGUACCCUGGGAGAAUUUGA